AACUUUACCCGUGUAUAAAUAGUGGCCGACAACUACCAUUUCAGCAGAAACCCAGUAGUUGUUCCGCUUCAGACGAGCAAAAUGGCAUUCAAGUUCUUAUUGCUCGCAGCUUUCGUUGCGGUAGCGAGUGCCGGCGGGCCAGCGGCGUACGACAUCGGCACAUUGUCCGCUGAUCACAGCAGCAUCGGCUACAGCCAGGAGUCGACGCAGAAGGGCUACGCCGGUCAGAACGUGAUAUCUUCAUACAGCCGCGCCGAGGACUCCGCGCACUCGUCGGUACGCGUAAGCAAUAGCCACGUGAGCAACGACGCCCUGCUGGAGCAACACGCCAUCGGCUACAGUUACGCCGCGCCGGCCUUGGCCAAACCCCUAAUCGCCGCACAGCCCCUGAUCGCCAAAACCGCUUAUGCCGCCGCCCCGGCCUUAGCGACGUACACCGCUCACCCUGCCCCGUUACUCGCCAAAUCCGCAUACGCCGCCGCACCCGCGUACGGAUACGCGGCCGCGGCCGCGCCGAUCUUGGCCGCGAAAACGGCAUACGCCGCCGCACCCGCUGCCUACAGUUACGCCAGCCCGCUCCUGGCCAAGACCUACGCCGCCCCGGCCCCGCUCAUCGCCAAGACCGCCGCGUACACCACAUACACCGCGCCAGCAACCCCCCUGAUCGCUAAGGCUGCUUAUGCCGCUCCUCUCGCCGCUCCACUCCUAGCCAAGUCCUAUGCCGCCGCGCCGAUCGCCGCUGCCCCGGCUCUCGCAUACUCCGCUCAUACCGCGCCACUAAUCGCUAAGACUUAUGCCGCCCCUUACUCGUAUGAGACGGCUGCUCCCGUAGUACAUGCCACCUUCAGCGGCUUCGGCACUAGCUAUGCCUGGUAAAUGAUUCCAAAACUACAGAUCUCUCAUGAUCGAUCGGCGUGAUUCGUUCCUCUGACAGUAUCGUAUUUCCUUCUGGUACACGCGCAAGAUUGUCUACGUAGAUGUGUAUAUAAUAUUUAUAGUAUAUAAUAUUUUUAUAUUUAUACCUCAUUGUAUACACGUAUAUUCUACUCUGUUUCAUAAAAAUUUCCAACAGAAUUUCCUUCAUAUAAGAAAUCUUCACGCGGAAUACGUAUUUUAAGGACAGAAUGUGCUGUCCUGUUUACAGAUUAGUUGCGAACAGGAAUUUUAUUGUAUUAAAUAUGAAUAAAACAAUCUUGUUAACACGAGAA